CAAUUCUUUGGUACAAGUUGUACACGUCACGGAUCACUUCAUCGAAUCGCUGCCUUUCUUUACUCCCACUGUUACUUGACGAAUACCUCACCGUGCCCUGAGGGACAAAAUACAGUUGGGGUCACUCAAAGACCUGACAAGAAUUCUUUCAGCAAGGGCAGAGAUCUGACCUGGGGAUUGGCUCGUUUGGCCCAAAAGUAUCUGCGCAUUCAAGUUCAAGGGACUGUUUCAGCAGCGAUUCACAAGUCUAUUAAGGUUUGUGAACAAUGGAAGAACCAAUACAGCUGACAACAUUUGGCUCACCAAAAUUGACAAGUGUCACCACUGAUGCUAAGGCAAACGGUAUCGACACUAAACUGCUGACUUCUCAAGUGGAUACAGAAGCGAAUAACAACCGGGUCGAUCCCCUUACAGACGGCAGUCUCGAACUCAACAUUAAGGACAGCGCUCAAGAGAGAGAAUGCAAUAGUGUGCCACAUGAAACAGCCGUUGUAAUCCCAGAGCCUCCCCCACCCCCGGCUAUUCAGUUAUCAUCGUCCACCCCACCCUCAACUACCAGCGCUGUCACGGUGGGUACUUUGGCUACUGCAGAAAUUAUCGAUAACGAACCUGUAUCCGUCAAACCAGACGCAGACUCGAUUAGUAAGGUUACCGAUGAGCCAAUAGGCGACGUUACGCUGACAGCUGCUCCUGUGACUGCUGAAAGCCCUGUGAUUGAGGAAAGUAAUAGCUUGGUACACGAAAAAGAGGCAUUCUCACCCCCAAUCCAGUUGACAACAUUUGGCAAGCCCCUUUCACCAAUUAACGAGACACCUGAGAAUGUGAAAUAUGACAAAAAUGACCAGGUGGCGAAACCAACAGAGGUACAAACAACGCAUACAGCUGUUGAAACUACGACUACUCUUUGCGCAAACACGGACUCGAAACCGAGCACAGACCAAGCACCGGAACCAGACGAUCCAGCGGCGGUCAAAAAUGGCGCCGGGGUCGACACCACUGCUCUCCUGAGCACGGAGAUCGAACUCGGGCCCGCUGAGCUGACACCGGAGCCGGUCGUUCUAACCGACGAGGCGGCCGAGUGCCACAGCGACACGUCCGGGAUGAAGCUGGCAUCUUUGAACUCCGAGCUAAACACCAUGUUCGUCAAGUCCGGUGAUACUGAACGGAGGUUGAGCCAGACCAGGGUCAUGGUUUUGUGCACCAUGGCGGUAGCGACGGUCAUGUUGAUCGUUGUGGUAGUCGGCUUGGUGCUACUGACUACUUACAAAGACGUCUUCGCGAUUCCAGGUUUGUCUACUAGUUUACAAAGAGUUACAGUGAAAGGAGAAGUCAAGAUUGUAAAUCUACUCUUUAAUCCACAAUACCAGAUCGGCACAUCAGACGGAUACAAGUCCCUCCAAAGAAACUUUAUACAAUCGAUAGACAACCAUUUCGGAGGAAGUACCUACAGUAACAUUUAUAGGUCAACCCGCGUUGAACAAGUCAGAAAUGGCAGCGUCAUCGUUGUCUUCUCAGUCCGAUUGAAGCCGAUGAAGAAACUGCAGUCUUCUAUGGAUGUUAAGUCUGAAAGGGAAAUAUACAAGAGGGCGAAGGAAUUCCUAAAGACAGAUUUUCGAUCAGUGGAGAUCAACUUAAGAACGUACAAUGUUUCUUGGAUUAAACUGGAGUUAUUAUUUGGAUCUGAGUUAUUCACUGAGGAGCCCUAUACCACACCUCACGUGACUACAGCACGCAUUCAGAUAUACCCCAUGACUACGCCAGUCACAAGCACAACUGCUGGCGACCAGUCAACGACGACGACACAAACGGCAGUCCCUCCAGCCACAACGGGCGUGACGAUAACAACCAGUAACCAAGCGGUCACCACCAAAGCAUCUACGAGUGCAGCUCCAGAGACUAUGACCAUGAUGAAAGUAAGCAACAGUACGACUGGUACGACAACCGUGUCAACCACCAACUGGAGCGAGACAGUGACGUCAGUCACAACAACAUUAUCUCCCAGUACAUAUGCAAUUGUCAAUGACACUUUAACUGACGCCAACACAACCGAAAUGGUUACACCAACGGCGAAUUAUACUACUCGUCGGAGAAGAAGUACAAGGUUUACCAAAGCGUGGACUUCUAAUCUCUUCACAACGUGGCGGUCUACCAGCCUACCUACAGAGACGCCUAUAGCAACUGUUGAUGUCGUAGCAGAAUGUCGUCCGAAUGCGCUGGAGGCCUGCGUCCUUCGAGGCUGGUCGACCAACGUUACCCGAUCGCCCAACCGUUUCGGCCUUAAGAGUAGCGUGGUAUCUCAGAUUUGGAAUCAGUUCAUCGAGUUGACAGAGGCCACAGCGGGGAAUAACAUGACGUGGCGGGUCAUCUGUAGCCUUCUGGCACCCUCUUGCGAUGGUCGUCUGGUAGGUCCAACACUUCCGUGCAGGUCGGCGUGCCUGGCUGCCGUUCGCUCAAUGAAAGACACUGUGGAGGCGAGAACGAUGGGGGCGUUGUGUAACGAGUCGCUACCGGAGUCAGACUCGGAGACCAUUUGCUUUAAGUCUUCUUAUCAAGAUGGUUAUUAUGCUCCGCUUCCCGAAAACCCCUGCCACGAUCAACUGUGUCUAAAUGGGGGAUCCUGCUUCGCUAUUAACGAUGAGUGGUUCUGCCGCUGUCCAGAAUCGUUUGGCGGCGGCCGCUGUGAGAUCGAUCCAUGCAACCCAAACCCUUGCCAGAAUGGGGCCACAUGUCACAGUCAUGCAUUUUCCGUCAUAGUUUACGUGUGUGCAUGCCCUGAGAGUUUCCACGGAAGACACUGUGAACUCAGCACUGGAGUAUCAUACCUUCCUACUACACAACAGGCCGUGCGUGCACCAGUUGAGAUCAACCAAACCGAGUGCAGUCAGCUGCUUCCCUACAACGCGUCUUUUUCCGACAGAAAGGUGCCGGACUGGCGCGUGCUGGCGCCCUACGCGUCGUGCAGCGAUGACGCCCGGCUGAUCUUCUGCUUCAUGGCCUUCCCAGAAUUCACACUUCCAGGGAGCCAGCCGAGGUCACCAUGCAAAGCACUGUGUGAGAGGGUUUUCAACGAAUGCGACGCGUUCUUCAGCAUGCUGGGAUGGGAUUUCCCGGGCAUUUGUGAAAUGUUAGGCACCAUCCCAAUAGCGGUGAAUAACUUCUGCACUAGAAGCUAUCCGUAAAACAAUCCCAUGAUUGGUCCCACACAAACAGGCGUAUCUUUAGAAAGUCCGUUUAUACAUAAUGAUCCUCACGAUUUGUCAUUGGCCACAGUAUCUAUAUCAAGAGGCCAAAUUUGGUAAGGAAAAUUUAAAAGCAGCUGAAUUACAAUGAUCUACUUAAGCUAUCAUCGACUGAUGUACUCGCAUAUCAAUUGUCUUAUUAAUAUUAAUUAGUUUGGUGCUUCUUCUUUGGUAAACGUAAUGUUAAAAUCAUAUGGGUUUUCAGUCCUGUCAAUAUAAAAGUGCACAUAUUCGGAUUUGUUUUACAUACAGUACAUUGUGGUUUUUCUAUAUGUCGGUACCGGCUAUAAAAUAUAUGUAGCCUGAAACCAAUGAUUGACAUUUCUAACUCGUAAAAAACUGAAAUGCAACAACUUCAACUCAUGCAUAAGUAUCAAAUGUAAAUUGUCGGAGACUUUUUCUGAAGACUGGCCGAAUUUCGCUUUUCCUUGAACUGCGCAGGUGUGACAUAAAUAAUAAAACGGUGUAAAACACAAAAUGGCACUCCAGACCACAGAACACAUUAACAUAAUUGACAAGGAAAGCCUGGAGGGAGAUCGUCAAUAUUUCAUUACUGGGUUUCUAUGGUAACAAACCAAAGCGCUGAGGAGCCUUGUGGUCUGAUAUCGGUUAAUCACGCACACAGUGAAGGAAAACGUUUAUUCAUCACGAUAUUCGGAGAAGCAUUACUUCAUUUCAUCAUUCCAAUGGGCGUAAACCGGGGGCUAGGAUGGGGUCUCCCCACCGUUUUGAACAGAGGGUGAGGUGUUUAAUCACCCCACACACACUUUUUCUUGGUGAGUACAACUUAAGGUGGUUUGCGACGUAUUUUUCGGACUUCUCAACAACAACAUGCAUUCAAUAGCACUCAAAACGGGAGGACAAUCAAAGGAAGCCCUACACACAUGCCGUCCUGGUGUAAGAUUGGGCUGGAAUGUAAGACACAGUACAGAUGGACAUCGGUAUUAUGAACAUUAGCCCCUGUAUAGUGCCAUAUGGUGUCAUGCCAGCACCCCCACGCCUUUUUAAUUUCAAUGGCUGGGCAAGUCACACCCCCCGUUCCCUAUCUCCCCCCUCCCCGUUUUCCGAACAAAUUUACACCACUGAUCAUUCCUUUUCCUCGUAUAAAGCAUUAAGGUCACCAUCUAGAAGCAGUAGCUACUCUACUUGCUUUGCCAUCCAUGAACAUUUCCGCAAAAUGGAUUGUACCUUAGCCGCAAAUGUACUUUUCCUUUCUCUUUAAAAUGUCAGAAUCUUCAGUAUAGUUCGCGCCUUUGAAUACAAAAUAUGAAUGAAAUUCAUAUUUAGUAUCAUUGUACACACGUUUUAGGGGCGACAUUGGAGGGGUGAGUUUCCAAGGUACAAAGAGGAUUAAUUAAUAUUUUAUUAAGAGCAAUAAUGAUAAUGUAGAGGUAAUUUACAGUACAAUUGCUGCAUAUCUUGAAUCUUUUUACUGCUAGGCUAUUAUCCAGCAAAACAGUAAUGACCGUCACAAGGGUGUUGGUACGUGUACUAAUUUAUGUCAAUAUCGUUUGCCUGUUAUGAAUUGAUUUAAUUAACCAAGUACUUACAAAUGGAAUUCGCAUUUUAAGGUUACUUCACUGUUAUUUUGUCAUUGAUGUUUAUAUUCAUUGAUUUAUUUACCCAGAUCUGAAGAACAAAUGUUAGGGUUGUAAUAAUUUUUACUGUUUUUAAAUAUGUUUGCACUUAUACACCACAUUUCCCGUGAUUUUUGCAGUCCCCCAUCAGUGGGGUCCGACAACGUCCGAACUAGAUGCUCUGUAGCCUUCUUGUCAAGGCAAUCGCUGCGACAAUGCGGUGUCAUGCACAUUGCUUGUUGAGAGACUGAUAGGUACCAAUUCCAACCUGCUGCAGCGGUAGUCCAUAUAACAACCCGCUUCCAAAGGCUCAUGAAUAAUUCAGUUGAUGGAACAAUAAUCCCGUGGAUCAAUCACCCAAUGCACCAUGGUAAUCAUAAUUAUGCAAACGCGAUAAAUCUUCUGCGCAACGCCAUAGGUCCAGACCUCUCAAUCGAGUAUUUCCAUCAUCUACUUGGUCAUCACGGGAUAACAUUUUCUAUGUGGGUAAAAUAUGAACAGUGGUACCAAGAGCCACGGUGAAAUUAAGAAAACCAUUAAUGAAUUGAAUGACGGGGUAAUCUUUUCUCAAGCGCUGUACAUGCUGCAUGUGGAUUUAUAAAUAAUGGCAGCGACUACCUUGACUUUAAUGCUCUACCCACUAGUUUAUCACUUGCAGCUAGCGAGCCAUGGUGACUGAAUAAUAGGCACAGACCAAAGAUUGUCUAUCUACAAGGUUUGAUGACAGUUCAAAGAGACGUCAGUGCAACGAAAUAGAUGCUUUUUCAAUCUCAGACACAUCUGUGCACAAUGUCUUUGGACCUUCACAAUUUUAUAAUUGUAAAGGAACCAGAAUUCAAGAACGUUUUUUAAAUUAGAUUUGGAAUUUUGCAUGAUGGACUUGUAAUUUGGAAGGGAUUACGAUUGCGCCAAGUCUUAAAGAGCUCUUGGUACCUUCAAAGAUUUGAACCAGCGUUUUACCUCAAUUAGCCUAUUGGGGUAUGGCGGACACAAUGGUAGAGCGCUGUUUGGUUUGAGUAAAAUCUGUUGUGUUCACUUCAAAUUUUCACAUUUCAAGUAACGCGCACCCUUCUGCUAUGCCCGCCAUGUUUCCAAACAAAACAAAUUCUUUCCUCCCGAAGACAACCACGGCAUGCUGAUAAAAACGUCGAGCCCAAGCAAUUGGUUCUUUUCAGAACCACACAGUUCUUCCCAAGAGCUUUUUACACGGUAGUAACGCAAGCCCCGGCCUUCCAUAUGCAGAGUGAUUUUUUUAUUAUUUAAUUAUUUUUUAUUAUAAACUGAUAAUAAAAUGACGACCAAUGUGCUUUA